UCCAGUUCCACCAGCUCGAGCAUCAUGGCUGACAAUGGCUGACACUGUGAGUGAACCGCGUCAACCGUCAAAAACGAAAAAGCCCCGCGUUCAGUGGCCCGAAAGGGAAACGUGGGCUUUGAUCAAGUUAUGGGAGGACAACCUGGAUGACCUCCGUUCACAUAAACACAACGGCGAAGUGUACUGCCGCAUUGCGGAAGCCUUGAACAGCGCCGACGUACCGAAAACAUACAAAGGGCCAAAAAACUGUGUCGAGCACAACAAGCUGCCGUACUUCUGGGAACUGAAUAGGUUUCUGAGUUGCCUUCCCAUGAACGACUCGACACUAAUUGAAGAGUCUGGA